UUUGUUUGUUUGUUCGUUCAAUGUUUUGAUUGUUAUUCAGGAGUCGCUCAAUUAGUAAAUGCGCCAAUUAAGCCAAAGUGCGCCGCCAUUAAACCAAGUGCGGCUCUAAUGAAAUGGUCAUCGGUGCUAUGUUGUUGACGGGCAACCAGCUGAACGGCACCUCCAAACAGCAGCAACCGACUCAGGAGCUGCCGCAACAACAGCAGCAGCAGGCAACAGAGACAGUUGCUGCUGGCUACUAUGCACUGGGCGGUAUACGUAUUCCCAAGUCGCCUUCGUUUCACAGCGGAUUAGAUCAGCUGGCUGACGACGAGGAUCAGCAGCAGCAGGGGUCGUCGGCGGAGCAAGGCAGCAAAUUCAAGUUCAGCAGCGUGGAAGAGCUGAAGGCCAAGUUCGAGUCGCAGGCACGCAAGAUGCCACUGUCGCCGCCAGAGACAAUUGCCAACACAACCACCGCAACCACCAACGCCUCAUCGUCGCCCUCCUCCUCGUCGACUAGCUCGAACUCAUCGGCUUCUGCGCUGUCGUCGCUGUCGCAGGCUGGCUCGUCCUCUCUGGCCUCGGCAGCUGCGAGCUUGACGGCCUCCACAUCUUCAGCGGUUACUUACGGUGGUGGGGCGAACUCGGCGGCCGCAGCGUUAAUAGCCUCCUCCUCGCCCUUUGGCUCACAGUCCUCAACGUCCUCUUUGUCGCUGUCGUCGGCGGCGACAAAUGUAGCGGGAGCAACGACAACAGCUACAGCAGCAGCAACAGCAGCAACAGCAACAGCAACUGCAGCAGCUGCUGCUACAGCAUCUUCAAUGUCAAGGCAAGCACCCAGCACCACCGCAGGUGGAGCACCAGGUAGCAGCAGUGGCAGCUCUUUGGUGUCCACCUUGGCGCAGCAUUUCUCGGCAGCAAGCACAGCGGGCUCGCUGCUCAGCACCGCAACUGGCGCUGCCACGUCGGCCACUUCCCCAGCCAGUUCGUCCAGCAACAAGGUUUGCAGCCGCAACCCACUCUCAAACAUCAUUCAACAGUCACCCGUGAGCGCCGCCGCGGCCAUUAAGAACAUUUUGAAUGCCACGAAAAGUGUGGGCAACAGCAGCAGCAGCAGCAGCACAAGCGGCAGCAGCAGUGAGGGAGCAGUGGCGACUGAAGAGCCGGGGCGCUCGACAGUGGCACAGAGUCUGGUCGGUGGCAUAAGCAUUUCCCUGGGCAUUGGCCAGCGCAAUGGCAGCAAUGGUGCAGCGACUGUGGCAUUGGUAUCGACCUCAUCAACUGUGUCCGCGUCGUCGUCAACGGCAACGUCUGUCUCGGUGCUGCGUCAGAAUGGCGAUGUGAUUGGCCACACUCUGUCGUCGCCGUCGCAGACGCUGCAGCAGCUGACUGGAAGUCCAGGACGUGCACGCGAUCGGAAUCUGUUUCAUUCGCCGCCCAACGCAUCAACUGCGCUGGCUUUGCCGCCACUGCGAGAAACCCCUGCGCAGGAACGGGAGGAGCUGUUCCUGCAGAAGCUACGACAAUGUUGCACUCUGUUCGAUUUCUCCGAGCCGCUAAGCGACCUCAAAUGGAAGGAGGUCAAGCGAGCCGCCCUGCACGAGAUGGUGGAGUAUCUGUCCAAUCAGAAUGGCGUCAUUACAGAGAAUAUAUAUCCGGAGGCCAUCAACAUGUUUUCCGUAAAUCUCUUUCGAACCCUACCGCCUUCGUCGAAUCCAAAUGGCGCUGAGUUUGAUCCAGAAGAGGAUGAGCCUACACUGGAAUCAUCCUGGCCACAUUUGCAAUUGGUGUAUGAACUAUUUUUGCGUUUUUUGGAAUCACCUGAUUUUCAGCCAAAUAUUGCGAAGCGUUAUAUCGAUCAUCAAUUUGUAUUACAACUGUUGGAUUUAUUCGAUUCGGAGGAUCCCCGUGAACGCGAUUUCCUUAAGACUGUUUUACAUCGCAUCUAUGGCAAGUUCUUGGGAUUGAGGGCAUUUAUUAGAAAGCAGAUAAACAAUGUGUUUUACAGAUUUAUCUAUGAAACGGAGCACCAUAAUGGCAUUGCCGAGCUGCUGGAAAUCUUGGGCAGCAUAAUUAAUGGCUUCGCUUUACCGCUCAAGGAAGAGCAUAAACAAUUUUUACUUAAGGUAUUGCUGCCAUUGCACAAAGCCAAGAGCCUCUCUGUCUACCAUCCGCAGCUGACCUAUUGCGUGGUGCAGUUCCUUGAGAAGGAUCCCAGUUUAUCGGAGGCGGUUAUCAAAAGUCUUUUAAAGUUUUGGCCGAAAACUCACAGUCCCAAGGAGGUGAUGUUUUUGAAUGAGGUGGAGGAAUUGCUCGAUGUCAUUGAGCCUGCUGAAUUUCAGAAGGUGAUGGUACCACUCUUUCGGCAGAUAGCUAAGUGCGUCUCCUCGCCGCAUUUCCAAGUGGCUGAGCGCGCGCUUUAUUAUUGGAACAAUGAGUACAUUAUGUCUCUGAUAGCGGACAAUUCGCAGACCAUUCUUCCCAUCAUGUUUCCAGCGCUUAAUCGUAACUCCAAGACCCACUGGAAUAAGACUAUACACGGCCUCAUUUACAAUGCACUUAAGUUGUUCAUGGAGAUGAAUCAACGGCUAUUCGAUGAGUGCAGCAAGAACUAUAAGCAGGAGAAGCAGCUCGAACGCGAGAAGCUUACGCAACGCGAGGAGCUGUGGCAACAAGUGGAAAACCUGGCCAAAACCAAUCCAGAAUGGACGAAGGCGCGUCGCUACGAGCUGGACGGCCUGCCAACGUCCGAUAGUCAAAUACUAUAUGAUCAAUACAAUGAGAAUUGUGAUCUAACCUACGAUAAGAAUGAGCAACAGCCCAGGCAGCAGUUGCAAUCGCUGUCCCAGACGCCGCUAAAGCAACAGCCAAACCAGGAGCCCAGAGAGAUUCGCGGUGAACGGAACAAGGAGAAACCGCUUAUUCGACGAAAAUCCGAUCUGCCCUCAGACAGCGGCACCGUGCGCGCCCUCAUCGAGCAUAAGCGACCCGAUGAGUACUUGGCAACGCCGCCCCCAGAUGCUACCAACUAUUAGGCCGACCUUCUCGCCCCCACGCCCGCACCAAACCCACUCGGGCUGGUCCUCAAGUGCCCGAACGCUGGCGUAGCAAAGGUUCUACUUAGAAUAACGCACACAAACAUAUACAAAGCGAA